GCAACUAUGAGUAUUCAUUCAGUACAAUAAACUUGUUGAUCAACAUCUUCACGUCCCCCACCCUCCUCUACUGCCAUCAGCUCGAGCUGCGAGUACCGAGACAUCCCGAUCUCCCUGUCUCUUUGACUGACCUCCGAGGUCUGGCAUGUGCUCAACUCGCACAUGAUCGAUCUUCUUGCCUUGUUGUUUCUGUGAUUUAUCAUGCCCCUGCCCCUGCCACUGCCCCUGCCACUGCCCCUGCCACUGCCACUGCCACUGCCCCUGCCCCUGCCCCUGCCCCUGCCCCUGCCCCUGCCCCUGCCACUGCCCCUGCCAAUGCCACUGCCCCUGCUAGGUUCAGUGCCCUCAGCAUGUGUCAGAACCUCUCGCUCUGGUGCUGCUGACAUUUCAAGCUUCACAUCCUCACGUCCUCCAGUCCUUCUCAUCGGCCGCUGCUCACGAACCCAGAGAUAGACUGCUGUCCCUGCCUCUGCCCCUGCCCCUGCCCUGGCACCCCGACCAGCCUUCACCGUCUGGCCGUCACCUGGGAGCGGAGGGUGCAAGGACCUUGCGGUUGUAGUCUCGCUCGAUGUUUUGGCCGUCACCUGGGAGCGGAGGGUG